AAUGGGUUUUUAGAAAAGAAAAUAUUUUCGAACUUUAUUCUCUUGUUUGUGACACAGGAGGGAGAGUGUGUUCAUGGAUUUCGAGGAGAAUUACGAAAUUGACCUUACCACCGAUUUCAUCCAUAGUCGGAACUUCACCAGAGUCGCUUUACAGUUUCCGGAUGAGUUGUUGAAGGAUUCAGUGAGAGUAGUGAGUGCUCUCAGGAACAAAGUUGAGUUACUUGAAGAAAAUGGAGGAGAUAGAAAGGAGAUUAGACUGUUUGUGAUGGCAGAUACAGCGUAUGGUAGUUGUUGUGUUGACGAAGUUGGAGCUUCUCAUGCUAAUGCUGAUUGUGUUAUUCAUUAUGGUCACACCUGUCUCAGCCCGACAUCAAAUCUUCCAGCGUUCUUCGUUUUUGGAAAGGCUUCCAUUAAUGUAUCCAGUUGUGCUCAAAGUUUAUCAGAUUAUGCCUUUAGCAGCACCAAGCCUAUUAUGGUCCUAUAUGGGUUGGAAUAUGCACAUGCAAUUCCACAUAUUAGACAAGAAUUGAUUGCAGCUGCAUCAAUGCAAUCCAGGCCAAGGCAUUCAGAACUCCAUUUUGCUGAUGUUAUGUGCUCAGCAAUAAAUCCCUCCAACAACCAGAAAAAAUCUGAUGAGCCUGCCAGACUGAUUGGUGACUGUGUUGCUACCAAUGAUGUUGGUGAGGCAGCUGGAUGUAGACAUAAGAUUGGAGGGCUGAUCUGGGACUUAUCUCGUGGGCAGAGGAUGGAAGACUAUUUGCUUGUGUGGAUUGGUUCUGGCAAUUCGGCAUUUGCAAAUGUUGUACUGACUUUUAAUGGCUGUGAAAUAGUCAGGUAUGAUGCCAAAGAAAGUCGCUUGGUGACAGAUUUAUCUCAACAGAGAAGGAUUCUCAAGCGUAGAUAUUACCUGGUGGAGAAGGCAAAAGAUGCUAACAUUGUUGGGAUUUUGGUGGGAACUCUUGGUGUAGCUGGUUACCUUGACAUGAUUCAUCAGAUGAAAGACCUAAUUACUAGUGCCGGAAAAAAGGCUUACACUCUUGUUAUGGGAAGACCAAAUCCUGCUAAACUUGCCAACUUCCCUGAGUGUGAUAUUUUUAUCUAUGUUUCCUGUGCCCAAACUGCUCUCUUGGAUAGUAAGGAGUUCUUAGCUCCAGUUAUCACUCCAUUCGAAGCCAUGAUAGCUUUCAACAGAGGAAGCCAAUGGACAGGAGCUUAUGUGAUGGAGUUCAGGGAUUUGAUUGAUUCAUCUCCCGUGGAAGCAAUGAUCAAACCUGCAGAAGCAAGGUUUUCAUUCAUACAAGGCAGAUAUGUAGAAGAUUUUGAUUUGCAAGAGAACAUUGAAGAAGAUAAUGAAGGCCUUGCUUUAGCAAAUGCAACAGAGAAGGCCCUGCAACUGCAUGACCGGAAUUCUACCUCACUUAUCAAGGGAACAAUAAAAUCCGGAGCCGAGUACUUUGCUAAUCGGUCUUAUCAAGGUCUUGAAAUGCAUGGUGACAAUUCCAAGCCUGGGGCAUUUUUGAUUGGUAGGACUGGAAAAGCAUCAGGUUACGAAAAUGAGAAAACCAAGCAGUGAUCAACUAUGAAAAGUAUAGGGAAAUCAGGAGAAAAGUUGGACCUGAUACAGCUACUUGAAUGUCGAAGUGGCAAAGCUCAGCAAGGAAGAGAUGACAGGUUCGCAGACAAGAUUCAAAGGUUUGCUCCUGUGUGACAGAUGCCUGAGUUUAUACUUGUACUGGAGCAUGUUGCUGAGAUAAAUUUAAAGGGGCAGAAUCAGUUAGUUUACACCUUUUUGUAAAAUUUUAGAAAUAGUAAUUGAUUAGGAUUACCUUCAAUUCAUAUUCUAGAGAGAGAAGGAGAGAAGUAUGUUUUGGUGUAGUUUUGGGUUGAAAAGGUUCAUUGGUUUGUUACCCAUCUGUGAUCUGUUUUUGUAACUCAUGAACUCUUUGUUAAGUGUGUGCAUUCUUGUUCAGGAAGUUGGUCUGCUAUAUGCAUCUAACCAGAAAUCUAGACAUACUUUGUACAAUUUAAACUCAUAUUAUAUAACACAUGUUAUUGUCA